AUGCAUGGUGGUUGGAAUAGCGACAGGAGUGUGGUGGCUGGAUUAGCGACUGGAGCGCUUUAUAAAACGGCGGCCAGCCCUAGGUCGGCGGCUGUUGCCGGAGCUAUUGGUGGAAUAGCGGUGGGAUUAGCCAUGACGGGGAAGCAGAUUUUGAAGAGAUACGUUUUUGUGGCUUUAUUGGUUGAUGAAUAUUUGUUCAAUGUUGCUGCUUCAUCCAAUCUUGCCCUCAAACAGCCCACCAUCAGAGUUGUGGCUAUUAUAGCUGGAGCUUUCAAAAUUGGUGACACUGAAGGAACAAUUGAUAACAUUAUUCAAUGCAAACUUUACAGACCUGGAUAUGUUGGAUUUGUCUCCAAAUCUUGCGAAAACCAUUCACGAGUAAAGCGCCCAGAGCCUGCUGACCUUUCUGAUUAUGAAUUGAGAGGUUACAAAAUUAGUGUGGGAAUGACUGAGAAAUCUGCUCCAAGAGCUCCUCCUACUCAUGAGCACGGGUCAAAAUUUGAUAUCACUGUGUCAGUUUUGUAUGUUAUUUCCUAG